CCCAAACCACCUUCUGCAACACUAAAACCUACUAUGCCCAAAACACCAUCUCAACCAACCCCUCCAGAAAAUAACUCAAAAGAAAGCAGUGCAAGAAAUAGUAGAGGAAGUUAUGUAGAUAUGAACAUCAGUGGCGGUAGUGCUGAAGAUAUCGGGCCUGACGUGGAUGCAGAAUACAUGGACAUGGACACAAGUGUGAAAGCGAACAGUGGGGAAAAUCUCUACCAGAACCAGGCUGACAGCACAGACAACUUGUACAUGAACCAGGAAGGUGAUCUGUACAAGAAUGAAACUGCUGGGGACAGGGAUGACACAUCAGAGAGUGAUGCAUAUGAAGAAAUGGGUGCUGCCUCUUCCAAAAGGGAGGAAAAACAAGAAAACAAGAUGAAGAAGAUCACUACUACUCCAUGCCUAAGGAAAGACCAGAGGAACAAGAUGUGAAGACUGACCACACGUAUGACUACGCAGACCCCCAGCAUACUGAUGACAGUAGUGACUAUGCUGAACCAGAGCCUUACGCGAACCCUACCAUCCCCAAAGUGGAUGACCACGAGUACCAUGAACCUGUAAUCCCUGCAGUUAAAAUGCCUCAAAAAGACAAGACGACUCACUACUAUUCCCCUGUUGCCGACGACAUAAAGACUGAAACAAAAACUGCUCCUAAGAAAACCAGACCACCAAGACCACCCCCUCCCAAGCCCACUACAAGCCCUUCUCCACUGAGACUAUCAGCUACACCCCCACCCAAGCCCCCCAGGUCACCAGGAUGUGUGGGCAUUCCUGAGGACCGCCCACCAGCGCCCCUGCCAAGAAAAGAUUCAGAAACUAUUAGCCCAGAGGAUGACCAGACGGUGGGCACUGACCAGGCCAGGCUAUCAGGUGUGAGUGAGGCCAGUUCCAACUCAGAAGAGUCUGGGUCAGCAGAGGCCAGGGAGGAGGCUGACAGCUCUGAGGAGGAGGAGGAAGACUCGUCUUCAGAUGAGGAGGAAGGGCAGGAUGAAGGGAGCAAGGCAGACAUACCGCCAGCACUGAAGGGGGACAAGGCUUUCUACAUUGCCCAUGAGAUCAUGUCAUCAGAAGAAGUGUUUGUGGAUGUUUUAAAGCUCUUGAAUGAGGACUUCAGAGCAGUAGUGGCUGCAGCAGGUGAGGCGUCGGGUCAGGCCAUAAUUGACGAGGCCAGCAUGACCCAGAUUCUGCUCUACCUUCCACAACUUCAGCAGUUCAACGAAAGUCUUCUCAAGGACUUCAAGGAUAGAGUGGCAAACUGGGAGCAGGAUCCACGUAUUGCAGAUGUGAUAGUGAAGAAGGGUCCGUACCUGAAGCUGUACACCACCUACAUCAAGGACUUUGAGAAGUCCACCUCUGCCCUGGACGAGGCCUGUAGACGUCUGCCCAAAUUUGCUGCAACUGUCAAGGAAUUCCAGAUGAGCCCCAGAUGUGCAAACCUGGCAGUGAAACACUACAUGCUGAAGCCCGUCCAGAGGAUCCCUCAGUACAAGCUGCUCCUGGAUGAUUAUCUCAAGCACUUGACAGAAGAGUCUCCUGACUACAAGGAUACAAAAGUGGCCUUAUCCAUAGUUAGUGAGGUAGCUGACCAUGCUAAUGAAGGCAUGAAACAAGGGGACAACUUUGAGAAGCUGCUCCGGAUCCAGCACAGCCUGAUUGGCCAGCAUGAGAUCGUCAAGCCAGGCAGGAAACUGCUGAAGGAAGGGAUGCUGAAGAAACUGUCCAGGAAGGAGAUGCAGCCAAGGAUGUUCUUUCUGAUGAGCGAUGCCCUACUGUACUGUACUCCCAUCCAAGGUGGAAUGUACAAACUGAACAACAUGCUGCAGCUGGCAGGCAUGAAGGUGAUGAAACCUGUGCAGGACUUCCUCAAUGAGCUCAGCAUCAUCAGUGUGCAGAGGUCCUUCACUCUAUCAGCUAGCUCUCCUGAGGAGAGAGAUGAUUGGAUGCAGGCCCUGACUGAUGCCAUCCGAGACAACGCUGCCAAGAGGAGCACCUUUGAUGAGUUUGUGAGACAUGUAGAUGCUGUGCCCGGAGACAAGUCCAACUCCCUGGUGCUGGGGUACAAGGCUCCAGUGUGGAUCCCUGACUCCAGGGUGACCAUGUGUAUGGGCUGUACCUGUGACUUUACUGUCACCUGGAGGAGACAUCACUGCAGGGCUUGUGGAAAGGUUGUCUGUGGCACCUGUUCAGCUAACCGGGCUCCGCUGCAGUACCUGGACUACAAGGCAGUCAGGGUCUGCGAAGAGUGCUACGAAACUCUCUCCAAAGAGUUUCAGGCUCAUGAUGACGGAAGCAGUGCAGCUGGCAGUCCUGAGAAAACAAGUGCAGACAAGCAGAGGGGAGGGUUUAGGUUGAGUCGAGCAACAAUCCAAGCCCGCUUCAAGAGCUUCAAGAAAACAGCAAGAAAAGCAAAGAAGUCCAUCCCAUCUGUGUUGAAAGAGGUGACAGCCAACAAUGUGAACUCAGACAUGAGUGGUUACCUGCAGAGGAAGACAAAGCGUGAGGGCUGGAGGAAGCUGUGGUUUGUGCUGAAAGACAAGGUCCUGUACACCUACAAGGCCAGCGAGGACGUGGCUGCGCUAGAGAGCCUUCCUCUCCUGGGCUUCACCGUCACCACAUUCACAGAGGCCCAAGAAGACACCCCCCCAGACCAGAUCUUCAAGUUGGCCCACCAGGGUCGUCCUGAUGUCUACUUCCGCACUGAUGACAAGGCAGCCAGUAAGAAGUGGGUGGCUGCCAUGAUGAAUGCUACUGUGUUGUAACACUCUACAGCAUUGAAAAUACAGAAAAGAUUAUUGUAAAAUGAUUUUAGCUUACCAUUA